AUGACAAUUGUCGUCUUUGGAAGCGUUGUGCAGGAUUUAAUCAGUUACACUCCCCGUUUCCCUCGUCCAGGUGAGUCGGUAUGUGGCACAUCGUUUCUGGCGGGACCCGGUGGAAAAGGAGCAAAUCAGGCAGUAGCUGCUGCCAAACUUGGUGCCAAUGUUGAGAUCAUUGCGAGGGUCGGUUCGGAUAUUUUCGGCGAAGCAAACAUCAAAUCACUUAAUGAGGCGAAUGUGGGAACGAAAAGUGUGCAAAAAGUUGAACAAUGUAGCACAGCCACCGCAACGAUUACGGUAUCUGAAGAAGGUGAGAAUUCGAUAGUUGUCGUGCUUGGCGCAAAUGAAAAAAUGAGCGCCGAGGUGGCGAAGAGUUGUCGAGAACAAAUCGGAAAAGCAACACUUUUGAUGUGUCAGAACGAGGUACCCCAAUGCGGGAAUCGAACCGCCUUGCAAAUGGCCAGAGAGCAAAAUGUAACCACUUUUUACAAUCCGGCUCCUGGGAACUCGUCGCUAGAGAAAUCGAUCCUAGCACUAGUGGAUAUUGUUUGCACGAAUGAGAAUGAGGCCGAAUUCCUGACGGACAUCAAGGCGGAGACCGUGGAAAGUGCCUUCAAGGCGGCCGAGAAAAUGCUCGAAAUGGGUCCGCACACAGCCAUUGUCACACUUGGACCAAAGGGAGUGAUUUUGGCGAGAAAAAAUGAGAAAACAGUGCACAUUCCGGUGCUGAAAGUGACCGCUGUGGAUACGACGGGAGCCGGUGAUUGUUUCUGUGGCUCUUUGGCGUAUUUCUUGACAAAAAUGAAAGAUCUACCCGUUGAGGAGGCUGUGAAAAGAGCAUCGAUCAUCGCCGCGCAUUGUGUGACGAGAAAGGGGACACAGGCCAGCUAUCGAUCACGGGAAGAACUCGAGCAGUUGGACAAAUCACUUUUU